UUCAGGCCGGGCAAGAGAUGGCUGAGGAGGAUGAUUUAGAUCCUCAACCUCGUCAGCCAUCCUGCCCCGUGUACGCAGAGCUGGUGGAAGUUAUGGAGCGCGCCACUGACAAACUUCAGUUGCCAUGGCGGCGCGCUCAGGGAGAGAUCGUUCGCGGUCGUUUGGAUGAUCGGUUUCUCCCUGAACAUAGACCACCAGCUCAGCAGAGCCUUCCAUUCCUUCCUGAUCUCCAUUCAGAGAUCGAGAGGGCAUGGAAGAAACCGUACUCUGCCCGUAUUCAUCGACAUCAGCGGGGCAACUUCGCUGAUGUUGAGGGGAUCGGUGAGUACGGUUAUGUGUCGAUGCCGCCCGUUGAAGAGACGUUUGCGAACUAUCUCGUUUCUGGGCGGGUGUCGACACUAAAAGCUCCGACUCUGCCAUCCAAGCCCCUUAAAGCCACGGCUCGCUUGAAUGGCAGAGCGUACACGGCGGCAGGUCAGGCUGGUGCUGCCCUUCAUACCAUGGCAGUGCUCCAAGCCUACCAAGCUGACCUGCUGCAGGAUCUUGACCAGGGGGCAGGGCUGUCCCCUGAGGCAGUCGCUGAGUUGCGCCGGACCACAGAUUUGUCCCUCCGGGCCACUAAACAGACUGCUGCCGCGAUCGGCCGAUCGAUGGCGGCGAUGGUGGCCACAGAGAGGCAUCUGUGGCUCAACUUGGCUGAUAUCGGGGAGAAAGAAAAAUCCCUUCUCCUUGAUUCACCAGUUUCGCCUGCUAAACUUUUUGGCACCUCCGUUGAGGCGGUGGUUGGAAAGUUUAGGGAGGCGAAGGCGCGCUCAGCUGCAUUUAAGACCUGCAUACCUCUGAGAUCCGGGCCCCAGCCCAGGCAGGCGGGAGGACCUGGUCCGUCUUGGUCUGAGGACCGUAGGCAGGACCAGAGGUCUAGUGUCGCCUCUCGUGCCCCCCCUCCAUGGAGGAGUAGAACACAGAGGAGGCGGGCCUCCCGCAAAAAGAGGGACUUAAGGGAGGUCAUUCAGCACAAGCGCUGCAACGCUCAGCGGAAAUAGGGUUUGAUCUCCCUGGAGGGCCUUUUCUACCAGCCCUCUCCCUCUUCUUGACACCCCAGGCGUUUACGUUACACCAGCCCUGGGGAUGGGCCUUAUGAUGAGAACUAUGUUCUGAUGGCCCACUGUAGCAACUGGUUGAUGUGAGCGCCUCUUUUAGGCAUG